AUGGCGAUUGAAUCCGUGCGACAGAAAUGCCGCCCAAAGCAUCAAAUCCUUGUCCUUAAGUGCUAUCCGCAAUAUCAGAAGGGUGUUCAGGAUGUCAAGCCGAAUUCCAGCGAACUCUCCUACCUCCUAUACUAUGUGAGCACGCGACGCAGCAAGCUCCCCAAGGUUAGCGCUUUCUUGGAGAAAAGGGCUGCCCGAGAUGUCUGGCGCCGUAAAAUCGGAAACGUCCAGGUCACACUUCAAAUCCUCAGCGCGCUCAUCGAGAAAAUCCCCCGCGACCUGCCGAUAUUCGCCCGAUCCGUGUUGACCGUCAUCGAAACAGUGCUUCGGUCUCGCGAUAUAUCCAUGGUGGAGGAGUCGAUUGGGACAUUCGAGACCUUCUGCCACAAUCAAGAUAUGGCUGCGCUGUCAGCUGAUCAGGACUUUGCGGACCAAUACCGAGGAGUUGUCAAAAUCUACGCGGGUUAUGCCCAUGAAGAGGCCCAGCCUCAGAGCAAGGUUGCUCCCAGUACACCACAGACGAUACGAUGGAAGAAUGCGGGACUACGAGCUAUCAAAGGGGUUGUCUCCUCUGAAGCUUGUUUGGCGGCAGACGGUGGUGAUUCACUGAAGUUAAUCCUGCCGGUCAUUCUGGAGAAUCUGUACAACAGUGAUGAUAUAUUGAUUGAGUCCCUUGAGCGCCAACUUCACGAAACGGAACGACCUGCCCCGGACCCUGCCGCACGACGAAGACACAGCGCAAUUACGGUUGAAACGGUUGACACGGCGCAGGGAGACCCGGCAUUGGCGGUCCAGAAUGUUGAUGAUGUCGACAGGAAAGCUGAGUCAGAUAUGAGGCUACUUGCCCUCGGCUGUCUAGAACAGGUGAUUCUCAACGGCAGCAGUCGUGGCCAGAUCCGUGUCACCACGAGGGUUGUGUUGGAUUUCAUUCUGCGAAAGGGACAAUCGAACGGCACCUAUUUGUCGCUGGGCACCAACGAGGAAAACUGGGCCACAUCAUUGAUUGAGGUAGUGGCUAAGUGGUGUCCAGUUCAGGCUCGUUUCAUAAUUUUGACGGCAGCUAUGGAAGUUCUGUUCGAGAUUCCUCCCAAGGAAAAGACCCUGGACAGGGCCUUUACCGUUGUAUAUCUCAUGGACUAUCUGUUGAAAUCCUCAGUGAACAUGAUUGGACUGAGUGUGAUUGACAUCUUGCUGGGUUUGAUGCGUUACAUGGCAAUCCUGGUGUCCCCGGCGCCUGAGGGAGCCGCGGAGGAACAGCUGGGUGAGAAGGAAAAGACACACAACGAUCAAAAUGCAGCUCUUUCGCUCAAGGAGCAGGAUUUGCUUCUGCUACUCCAAAGAUGCAUUGGGGAUCUGACCACCCACAUCUACUAUGGAGACCAGGUCGUCGACAUGCUUAGGGCAAUCUUAACUCGCAUCAAACCGGUGCACAACCAGGACCAGACUUCACCUUCGACAGCGCCUGAACAGCCAGAUAACGUCUCCAAGGAAACAAACCCCACGUCUCUCUCUCUGGCGAGCGCAAAGGUGGGCGCUCUCAAGGCUAUCAAAAACAUUCUACUGGUAGCCAAUUCUCAACGGCCCAAGGCGUCUACUGGGGUUGAAUCGAGGAAUCCAGUCGGGAUCCACGUCUGGGAAGGAACGCACUGGCUUCUCCAGGACCCGCAAAAGGAUGUUAGGUAUGCGUACGUUGACGCACUUCUGUACUGGCUGAAAUUGGAAACCACCAAAAAUGACCUAAGGCUGAAGGAUCGGUCAACCAAGACUGCUACCUUAUCGCCAAGACGUGAUUUGACAGAUACCUCUGAAAGAGCUGCUAAGCGAGCGACGGGAGCUCAUCAAAGGGAAAAGGCUGUAGUCAUUGCCCAGUCGAACUUUCUCCGCCUGCUUCAUUUGACCGCCUAUGAAGCUGCCAUUCAACGCCCAUCGGAGGAAACUGAGAUCCGAAUACUUCACCUACUUUUGGCCAGCCUCGUCGAGAAUCUCGGCAUAAAUGCGGUUCGAUUUGGAUUGCCAAUGAUAUUGAAGCUCCAAGACGACAUGGCGGCUUCAGACAGCGUCAGCACACCUGCAUGUAGGGUGAACAUCGGAAGUCUGGUGUACGGGUACCUUUGGGUAUUAACCGAAAAGUUUGGCUUGGAUCCUUUCAGAGUCGGAAAGGAGAUCUUCAGUGAAAUCGAGAAACGGAAAAGCCGAGGCAUUUGGCUUGAUAAUAUCGGUGUUUCUCUGACUAGCCUCGAAAGCAUUAUUCAAGAUGAUCGACAUGCUGUCAGUCAUAAUAUCAGAGAGACAAAUAGGAUGCUUCCGUUUAAAAAUGGCGCUGAAGAGCUUGUCCGCCGUAUCGAGGAAUCUUACAAUCAUACGCUAUCUACUCACACACCCCCAGGUUCUCCGGGACGGAAUGUUGGGAAGCCGGUGAUACCGGGAGGACGUAUGUCUCCUACCGGCUCGAUCCCAGGUGAUAAUCUCCCGUCAACAGUCAGAGAGCAAAUGCUGUCACCGUGGUCCAAGCAAAGUGCCCUGGAAGCCGCAGAACGGGAAAAGGCUGAAGCUCUUUCACUUAGUGGCUCAAGAACAGGAACCCUACCCACGCGUGGCCAUCCCCACGCCAAUGGUACCAAUAGUUCCAUGUCGACAAGCUCACCCUCCGCAGUCUACGCAGCAGGAGGCACACAGAACACUCGCCGAAUGAGUAUGCCGGACAAAACAGCGACUUCAAAUUACAGCUUAAGCAGAGACUCUCCGGUUCAUGUGAAUGAAUUGAGGCGUGUCCUCUCUGUACAGGCCCCAGACAAGGACCGGCGGUUGAGCCCGUUGCGUGGUCGCCUUGAUGUUUCCAAUGGAAGUAUUGUUUCUUCUAGCAGCGAGAGUAUGGUUAGCGGGUUUUCUAACUCCGAGUUUGAAGAUGGAGCGUCGAUCCGGCCGCAAUCAACGAGAGAUGGACAAGAGUCACUAUACGGUGAUGGUGUGGAGACACCUCGGGCUUUGGCGGGCAACGGGCCGCUCUACGGGCAGGCACAAAGUUCGUUUCAAAUUCCCCCAGUACCACCAAUUCCGCAAGAUUUAUCUAUUCCAGGCGGGUUUCCCAAUGGCUCCCAGCGCUCGCUGUCGUCAUCUGACCGUCCCUCAACAGCUCCUGCCUCACGUAAACAGAACUCUGUUAACGGGGUCAACGGGAAGUCCCAUAUCGCUGCCUCAAAUGAUAGCAAAACGCUUCAUAGGCAAAAAUCUCGGACCGGUGCUGGGCUCGCCAAUGGAUUUGACGUCCCAGAGGUAGCCAUCAACGGCAAAUCUAAGGGAGCUUCCCCUUACGGCAUCGAAGUAGAAGAAAACCCUCAACGACGUGACGUGGAGAAGCUCUUAGACGGUUUUCUAUCGUCAGAUACCGAUACCACCCGUCUUCCGAGAUCUACGUCGAGCUACAUUGGUCGACGGAAUGUAACCGGGGGUAUUGGACGGCCCCCGUACUAG